AUGAUCCGAUCCUUCAUGGAAGGCCUGGUUGUUCCUUUUAUCAAUGUGGUGGGUGAGAGCGGGGUACGUUAUGCAGCUGUGCAGUACAGUGAUGACCCCAGGACUGAGUUCAAAUUCUCGGACUUUCUCAAUGGAACGGAAGUGAUACGGGCAGUCCAAGAGAUAGCCUUCAAGGGCGGGAAUACUCGCACAGGAGCAGGACUGCGUUACGUAGCAGAUAACCUAUUUGGGGCCAAUGAGCUCCGGCCUAACAUUCCAAAGAUCUGUAUUCUCAUUACUGAUGGAAAGUCUCAGGAUGAGGUUGAGCAGACGGCCUUAAAACUGAAGAAUCAAGGCAUUAAAGUCUUUGCAGUGGGUAUCAAAAAUGCAGACCGGAAGGAGCUUGACCGAGUGGCUUCCACACCCACGGAAGACUAUUCCUUCUAUGUUAAUGAUUUCAAAAUCCUGGCAUCCCUCCUGCCACUGGUGUCACAGAAGGUGUGUGCCAGCACAGGAGGCAUCCUCCAGACAAUAGGUGCCUACAAUGGUCCUUCCAACCUGGUCUUCAUGGAACAAGGAAGAGACAUGCUAAGGAUCCGUUGGACAGCAGCUGGUGGUCCUGUAAUUGGAUAUAAAAUUCAGUAUGUACCUUUGACUGGCCUGGGGCAACAAAUCAUGUCAGAAAGGCAGGAGGUCAGUGUGGGAUCUGGUGAGACAAGCACUGUACUCCGUGGCUUGAAAAGUGGGACAGAUUACCUGGUCACUGUUAUAGCUCAGUAUGCCAACCGCAUUGGAGAAUCAGUUUCUGGCAAAGGACGGACACAGAUGCUGUCUGGCGUGACAAAUUUUCGGGUGUUAGAAACAGGACCAUUUUUCCUCAGACUAUCCUGGGCAGCUGAACUGAAUGAAGCCCUACAAGGCUACCGGCUCACUUAUGUAGCUAGAGAUGGCACUGAGAGGGUUCGACGUAUCCCAGGGUCCCAGACCACAGAGGACUUAGUUGAUUUGACAGAGAAUGUCUCCUACGUGGUUCGUGUGUCAGCUCUUAUUGGCAACCGUGAGGGUAAUUCCGUGCCUCUCAACAUCCAAAUCCGACCACCAUUAGUGGGCAGUGUAUCAAAUCUGCGCAUGGUGCCAGUGGGACUGGGUCGCAUUCGGCUGCUGUGGACACCUGUUCCCAGGGCUACAGCUUAUAAACUGGUGAUUGUCAACACUCAGGCGGCAAUCCCAAUUCAACCGGUUGGAAACCUGCGUGUGAUUGACUCCUCACAAACCCGUAUUCGACUAGAAUGGAGCCCAGCACGGGGGAGCACAGGCUAUCGGCUCAUCUGGCGCCCUGCAGGUGGGCCUGAGAGGAGUCAGCUGUUGCCAGCCCAUAUUAAUACCUAUGUCAUUGAAGAUCUGCAGCCAGGAGGGCGCUACGACAUCCGCAUCACAAGUCUGAGUGGCAACCGGGAGAGUGAAGCUGUGGCCAUUGUUGCCACCACUGGUGGAGAAGAGGCACAACGAACAUUGCCUGCAUCAGAAACAUCACACCGAGUGUCUGGGUUGCAUCUGGGGGAGCAAUACACCUUUAUGAUUCGCCCACUCUUUGGGAGCAUCUCCGGUGCUGAGGUUUCUAUUUCUGGCCAGACAGUCUGUCCAGAUGCCCAGCGUGAUGUCAUUUUUCUUGUACAUACAACUCGAGACAAAGCCUACAAUGCAGAGGCCGUGCAGAGCUUCCUCUCCAACAUUAUAUCCACUCUUCGUCCAGGUCCUGAAACUACCCGGGUGGGCAUUGCAAUGUACAGCUAUCGAGGCCUUCAUUUACUCCUGCUUAAUCGUUCCAAUGAUUUAGCAAGUCUCCUGCAGCACAUUCGCUCAUUGCGCUAUGAGGAGCGUAGUGGCAAUGCCAUAGGAGCAGGCAUUAAUUUUGUGAAGAACUACAUGCUGAGCCCAACUGCAGGGCGAAGGUCUGGCGUCCCAGGAACAUUAGUGAUAUUGGCUGACGAGUCAUCCAGUGAUGAUGCCACUGGGCCAGCCAGGGAAAUCAAAGCUGCCG